AUGCGGUCCUACGGUCCAAAUGCGCCGCCAAAACCAUCUUCAGCUUUUACUUUAUACAUGCGACACCGCUGCAGUCAGUCUAAUGAUCUGAUUUCGCGGCCUUUUAACGAACGGCGUCGCAUAAUUAGCAGUGAAUGGUCAUCUCUAUCCCAGGAACAAAAGCAGGUAUACUACAAGCAAGCUAUUGUAGAACGAACAAAGUAUGAAGAAGAGUUUGCCGAAUACAAGAAGACGGAUGAGUAUAAGGACUGGCUUGCCAAGCAAGAACAUAACAAAUCUUUAUCCCGAAAAAAGAAUGGCAAGUCUUCGUCAAAAGAGACACAUGAAGAUGUUGACAGCUUUGAGGAUGAAUAUUCUUCGAAAUUUCGUCGAAUCCCAAUAUUUACCCAUGAAUUUCUUGAAUACAAUAGGGAAAGAGAGACGUCACUUCGUCAUAUUCGCAAGCAGGUCACCAAAUUAGACGAGGAAACUGCCUUGCUAAGUAAACACAUUGAUAAUCUCGCUGGUGCCGAAACGAAUUUGGAGCAACAGAUCAAGUUGGCCGAGGCUACCUUGGCUUCCGAGGAAAGCAUCCUAGCUAAACUUAAUAAGGAGUUAGUGGCCACAUUCUCGGACCUUCCAGUGCCCAACCCGGACGUCUCGACUCGGUCGCCAAACAAAGGCGUUGAAAGGAUUAAUCCCAAUAACAUCGAAUCCUACUUAUCCAGGCUGGCCGAGCUGACAAGCUCUGGACAUCACGAAGCUUUAAAAGCUAAGGCUCGAGACCGUCUGAAGGCCGCCGUGCAGUGCGGCACACUGUCCGUGUGCUCCAUUUGA